AUGAUUUUAAUUUGUCUGCUUUUCUUGUCUUUCGUGAGUUAUGCUAAAUGUGACAUCCCGGUUCACUGUUUGAGUAGACAUGUGGAGGGAAAGUGGGAGAUCAGUUUGGGUCUCCUGAAGAGCGAAAGCGGUGGCGCUUCUGAUUGGGGACAGGACUACGACUACGAGUGCGGCUACCGCCGACCGGAUGAUUCCGUUUACCAUGAGGAACUGGACCCUGAUCACCUGAAGAGACGUUUCGAGGAGAAAAAAAAACAAAUUAUCCAAUUUAACACAGAUAGGACGAUAAAUAUAAUCGAAAAUGGAGAUAUAAAUCCUGAGUACAGUGGGUUCUGGAGGAUCGUGUACGACGAGGGGUUGUACAUGGAGAUAUAUAAGCAGAAUGAGGAGAAAGAAAUAUAUUUCUCCUUCUUCAAAUUUCAAAGAAGAAACGACACGUCUUAUAGUUACUGCAACAGGUUGAUUAUGGGGGUAGUAAAUGUAUAUCAUCUUAAUGGCAAUGAAGGAGGUUCUUCUUCUGGGCUUCCCCGGAUAGAAGAUUUUCCAGAUCAGAAUGCAGGAGGAGAGAAGGGGCCCAAAUUAGGGGACGUUUUUCUCGUCAAGAAGGAGCAUAAAAGGACGAAUGGGUUAAACCCUAACAGGAUUAACCUUUCCAAAGAGAGCUUCCAUUAUGUGGACUCAAAAGAAGGUGCACGGAAAAGUUCGAGCCAUUCUAUCGACUAUUACAAUGAUAAUUAUAUACAGUUUGAUUUCUUUACCAUGAAAAGGUUUUGCUGGUAUGGGAAGAAGGUGGGUACACCUGAUGAGCCUACGAAUAAGAUCCCCGUGGAAAUAAUUUCUCCCCUUGUGCUAGACCCAGACACACAUAACAAGAAUUACGCCAAUGUGAAAUUGGAGUGGGGUGGUAGUAAUGGGGGGGGGACACAGCGAGUGGAUCAUGAAGAGGUAGGUACUGAUCAUAUAGUCACCCAAUCAAGGGAUCCCUCAAAGCACACAAACAAAUCACACAAAGGGGGGAAGCAGAACAGCAUAUUUAACACCUAUCGUGAGAAGGAAGUUACCUUGGCACAGUUUGAUUGGACAAACGAAGCUGAUGUGAGGAAGAGACUUAAUGGGAAUUGGGUAAAAGUAAUAGAUGAAGCGAUAGACCAGAAGAAUUGCGGGUCUUGUUAUGCUAACUCAGCUGCGUUAAUUAUUAACAGUAGAGUGAGAAUUAAAUACAACUAUAUAAAAAAUAUCGACCUCUUAUCCUUUAGCAACAAGCAGCUAGUCCUUUGUGACUUUUUCAAUCAAGGAUGUAAUGGCGGCUACAUUUAUUUGUCUCUAAAGUAUGCAUACGAGAAUUUUUUGUUUACAAAUAAGUGUUUUGUGAGGUACUCCAAUUUAUAUUUGAAUAGGGACAAGAAGAAUAGCGCGCUGUGUGAUCGGUUUGAUACGUUUAAGAUAUUUCUGCAGAAGGGGAGAGGGGGGAACUUCUCAAAUGCGCAGGUUGGGCCACCGCACAGACAAACCAAACGAGUGCGCCAGCACGAGCCUUUCAGGGGGAGUGAAGAAGUGGUUCGAAGCGAAGAAGUGGAUAGGGGUGAAGAAGUGGUUCGAAGCGAAGAAGUGGGUAGGGGUGAAGAAGUGGUUCGAAGCGAAGAAGUGGGUAGGGGCGAAGACGUGGGUAAAUCCCCUACCCAAGGUGAACAACACAAAGGGGGAAUUUUUCACAAGGGGGAAAAUAAACACAGUGGGCGCCAUAUGCACCAUAUGCACCACACGCGCGAUGUGCGCGAUGUGCGCGGUGGACGAGAGCUCCCCAGGGACGACCAGCUAAACGAGGGCUACCUCCCAGUCGACGCCUCCGCGAGGGAUGCCAGCGAGUUGGACGUGCUGAAACUACACGAGUGCGACGCGAAAGUCAAAGUGACAAAGUUUGAGUACUUGGAUAUAGAGGACGAAGAGGAUUUAAAAAAGUACCUAUAUCAUAAUGGACCCGUAGCAGCAGCAAUUGAGCCCUCCAAAAAUUUUUCGGCGUAUAGGGAAGGAAUACUAACGGGGAAGUUCAUAAAAAUGUCCGAUGGGGGGGAGUCCAAUGCGUAUGUAUGGAACAAGGUCGACCAUGCUGUGGUUAUAGUUGGGUGGGGAGAAGACACGGUUGAAAAUUUGAAAAAAAAAAUUCACCAUUAUUCAGGUCAUCCUGGCGCUUAUGCUAGUGGAAAGGGGGGCGCGGCCGCAGGUAAAGUCGUCAAAUAUUGGAAAAUUUUGAACAGCUGGGGGACCCACUGGGGGUACGACGGCUACUUCUACAUUCUGCGCGAUGAGAAUUACUUCAGCAUAAAGUCGUACCUGCUCGCGUGCGACGUGAGUUUGUUCAUCAGGCGCGGCGAUUCGAGGGUGACUCCGGGGUGA